GUUGAAUUAUUCAAGAGGAGGCUGAAGCAGAGGCGAAAAUGGUGUCGUUGCUUCCAUACGGCGAUGUUGAUUCCACCCUCAGGGCCAUGGCCGGUCGUGCUGAGGGUUUCGGCCGCCACUCCAUCGGUGGCCUCCACGGUUCUCUCUAUAUCGUCACCACCCUUGCAGAUGAUGGUCCUGGGUCCCUUCGGGAUGGAUGUAGGAGAACGGAGCCACUAUGGAUUGUUUUUGAAAUUUCUGGUACAAUUCAUCUUUCAUCAUACCUGAGUGUGUCAUCUUAUAAGACAAUAGAUGGAAGGGGCCAGAGGAUAAAAUUUACUGGAAAGGGCUUAAGGUUGAAAGAAUGUGAGCACAUAAUUAUAUGCAACCUUGAGUUUGAGGGUGGUAGGGGUCAUGAUGUCGAUGGCAUUCAAAUAAAACCAAAUUCUAAGCACAUAUGGAUAGAUAGAUGCAGCCUUCGUGAUUAUGAUGAUGGGCUUAUAGACAUUACAAGACAAAGCACUGAUAUUACGAUAUCUAGAUGUUACUUUGCACAGCAUGACAAGACCAUGCUAAUUGGAGCUGACCCAUCUCACGUUGGUGAUAGAUGCAUCCGGGUGACAAUUCAUCAUUGUUUCUUUGAUGGAACGCGGCAAAGACACCCUCGUGUGAGAUUUGGAAAAGUUCAUCUGUACAACAAUUACACCAGAAACUGGGGAAUAUAUGCUGUUUGUGGUAGUGUUGAGUCCCAGAUAUACUCACAGUGCAACAUAUAUGAAGCAGGAGCUAAGAAAAAGACUUUUGAAUUUUAUACUGAGAAGGCCGCAGAUAAGGAAGAGCAGAAGUCUGGCUUCAUCAUAUCUGAAGGAGACAUGUUUCUGAAUGGUGCUCAGCCACUCUUACUAACAGAGUACAGAGAUGAAUCCAUGUUCCAUCCAAGUGAAUAUUACCCAACAUGGACGAUGGAAGCAGCUGCACAUUCUCUCAGAGAUAUCCUCCAAUUAUGUACAGGUUGGCAAUCCAUUUGUAGACCAGUAGACUAAAUGGUCUUUCAAUAAAAUGCAUUGCAUUGCACGAGUACACCUGGUUUAUGUGUCACCAUUGACAUUACACCAACCACAUUAAAGAUAAAAGGUUUAGUUUUUUCUUUCUUUUUAUUCUGGUUGUACUAGCAUAAUAAUUAUUGUAUUCUGUAAACAUAGCCAACUUUGUGGGUCUGACACUACUUUUUGUUCUUUUUUUUUUUUUAAUAUUGAUAUCUACGAGGAAUCAUAAGUCAUUUUCAUUGUCAUAAA